AUGGAAAUCGGUGAUCAUUUGCCGUUCAAGGUUGAGUACUCGAAAUCGAACCGAGCCUCAUGCAAGAUCUGCAAGAGCAAGAUCGACAAGGACGUCGUCCGAAUGGCGCGCAUGAUGAAGUCGAGGCAUCAUGACGGUGUCGAUCCAAAUUGGACGCAUUUCAACUGCUUCUUCGGAAAGGCGAAGCAGUGGGGUUUGAAAGCGGGUGAGAUUCAUAAGAUCGAGGGAUUUCAUUCCAUCCGAAUCGAGGAUCAAGAACGAGUCAAGGAAGCAGUCGACAAAAUCGGAGGGCCCGUAACAAAGGGAAAAGGAAAGUCCGCCCGCGCUGUGCUCGACGAUUUCGAAAUCGGCUACGCUCCUUCUGCUCGAGCAAAGUGUCGACGAGAAGAUUGUCAAACAGAGAAAAUCGAGAAAGACGAGCUUCGAAUUGCUGUGAAAAUGGUUGAUCCGGAGAAGCCGCACCUCGGCCCGAUUCCACGAUGGCAUCAUGUUGGUUGCUUCAAAAAGGUGCGAAGCAGUGUGGGUUGGGAAGAUUCGUACACGGCUGAUAUGAUUACUGGCUUCUCGGGGUUAGAUAAAGCGGCCCAAGAGCAAGUGAUGAAACUAUUGAAGCCGAAGAAAUCGAAGUUGAAAGCGGAAAAGGCGGAAGUCAAAGUGGAGCCAAAAGAAAUUGACCCGCAUCAAGCUGCGCUGAAGAAACAGAAUAAACUCCUGUGGGCGAUAAAGGACAAGAUUGACGCGCAACUUACAGCUUCGGGAAUCAAAGACUUGUUGAGCACCAAUAAAGUUGAUAUUCCCGAUGGCAAGGCGCGCCAACUCGAUUAUGUGGCCGAUCUUCUCUUGUUCGGGCGACUGCCGAAGUGUAACAACUGCGGCAAUGGUAAAUUAAGAGUGAGCAGCAAAGGCUACUAUGCGUGUAAUGGAAGCAUCUCUGGAUUUACGAAGUGCGAUUAUGUAGCUACUGAGGCUGGACGAGCGCCACCGAAGAUUCCAGCGUUUCUGAAAGAAGCAUCGGACUAUUUGGCGAAAUUCAAGUUUGACGGAGAUUUGAAGCGGGUCUUUCCAAAAGCGGCUUUCAUGCCGCCACUUACUGAAAUGAAGAUCUUCAUUCUCGGAAAAGCAAAGGGCACAAAAGCUGCCCUUGAAGAAGAAAUCAAACAGCUUGGUGGCACUGUGACGACGGUGCUGAAUGAGACAGUGCAUUUCUGCGUCUCUGAGAACGACCAGUUUGAAGCUAUGAGCGAAGACAAGAAUCACAAAUUCCACGAGAAAUACGGAAAGUGCGAGACGCUCGAUUUGGUAAUUGUAUCGCGAGGCAUUUUCGCUGCGUUGAAAACUGCAGCUCCAAAACUGGGGGAGAGGCGAGCGGAUGUGAUGGCGUACGUAAAAGAACAUAAAUUGUCGUCAUUCGGGCAGUACAAACAGCCUGGAAAGCGCAAGAGAGUUGAUGUAGCGGAAGAAGCGAAGAUGCGAGAGAGUAAGAAGAUUAAGCUGACCGUGCAGAAUGGAGGUGCCAUUGAUCCUGAGGCGUAUGAGGAAGUUCCGGAAGGAAGCUCAAUCUUUGAGUACAAGGGAAAGCUGUACACUGCUAUGAUGACAUCGGUGGACUUGAAGCGCGACAAGAACUCGUACUACAAACUCCAAGGAAUUCAGAACAAGGCUAAAACGAGAUUCUACUUGUUCCGAUCUUGGGGAAGAAUUGGAAGUGACUCGAUUGGUGGUGUGAAGAUUCAAAAUUUUCAUAACAUGGAAAAUUGCGCUCGAGAGUUUGAAAUGCUCUUUGAAGAGAAGAGCGGCAAUAACUUCCAUGCGAAAGAGUACAUCAAGCUUCCAAAUCACAUGUUCCCACUGGAAAUGGAUUACGGAGUUGAAGACAAGAAAGUCGACCUAUCUGCUGAGCAUGAGGUUAAAUCAGAACUUGUUCCAGAAGUCCAGGAUUUAAUCAAAUUGAUCUUCAACGUCAAAACGAUGCAGAAAAGUCUGGUCGAGAUGGACUUGGAUCUUGAAAAAAUGCCACUUGGGAAAUUAAGCAAGGACCAGCUGAAGAAAGCAUGGAGUGUGCUGAAUGAGAUUUUGGCGCAGUUGAAGGAAGAAGACAAGAAGGAGAACAUGUCUCUCAUUCGAGACAAAUCAACUCGUUUUUAUCAUCUUGUUCCGCAUGUUCUCAAGUUUGGCGAGACCUUACCGCUUUUGAAGACUGAAGAAAUGGUCAAAGAAAAGAUUGAGGUGGUCGACAAACUGAUCGAAAUCGAGACAGCGUACUCAAUCCUCGACGCUGUCAAAGAAGAGAAAACAGAGAAGAACCCGAUCGAUACUCAUUACGAAAAACUCAAGACGAAUAUUUCUGUUUUGGGCGAAGAGGAAGAAGAGUAUGCGAUCAUAGAUGAGUAUGUGAAAACUACUCAUGCCAAGACGCACAGAGAUUACUCGCUCGAGAUCAACAAUGUCUUCAAGAUCGACCGAAACAAAGAAGCAAAGAAAUUCAAGCCCUUCAGUAAGUUCGACAAUCGACAGCUUCUGUGGCACGGCUCCCGUCUUACAAAUUACGCUGGUAUUCUGUCCCAGGGCCUUCGAAUCGCUCCCCCAGAGGCGCCAGUCACUGGUUAUAUGUUCGGCAAGGGAAUUUACUUUGCCGAUAUGGUUUCAAAAUCUGCAAAUUACUGCUUUGCCUCCCCGGAUAACAGUCGAGGGUUGCUCUUGCUCGCAGAAGUGGCGCUUGGAAACAUGCAUGAAUUGAAAGCUGCGGAAUACAUCGAAAAACUUCCCAAGGGAUGCCACUCUGUGAAAGGCCUUGGAGGCACUGAACCCGAUCCAGCUUGUGCUCGAGAGCUCCCGAACGGAACAAAAGUUCCAUGUGGCGAGGGAGUUCCAAGUAAUGCAGACAACACAAGCUUGCUCUACAAUGAAUUCAUCGUCUACGAUGUCGCUCAAGUCAAUCUCAAAUACCUGAUCGACUUUAAGUUCAAAUUUAAAGAAACACUGCCCUGGUAA